ACCAUUAUUUUGUCAUUGGAUUAUGUGGACUAUCGUGGUUCAUUAUGCCUUCAAUCAUACAAUUGCAAAAGAAAAAAUUUCGACUAAAUUCUUGGCGGGUCCUUGCGGGAAUAGGAAGUGUUCCAAAUUUGAUCAUGGCAUGUGCAGUUAGUUUAUUACCAGCAAGUCCCAGAUACAUGCUUUAUCGCCAGCGGCAGGAAGAAGCACUCGCAAUACUCCAACAGAUGUAUGCAAUUAAUAAUUCAAGACAUGCUAAUACUUAUCCAUUGAGCAAUUUUGAUAACUGCGUGCGUCCAAACGAGGAGGUCGAAAACGGUAGAAACAUGUUCAGAACAAUACAAAAAUUUUGUACAAAGUCACGCAAACGCGCUCGAACAACAUUUGAAACACCAUUCACAUAUAUUACCAUAUUAGCAAUUUUUAUAAGUUGUCUACAAUUUUCCGGAAUUAUUUGGUUUGCACUGUGGAAUACUCAAUUACUCGAGCAACUUGAAAAUCUCAGCGAAUCAAGCAAAAACCAUUUUGCUUGUACUACCGACAUACAAGAUAUGGCAAUGGGAUUUUUACAUAAUUGUCAAGACAUAAAUAAUGAUCGCUUUCAACUUAUUUUGUUCUUGUCCUUGAGCUACGUAUUAGCAGAAAUUUUACUGAUUAUUGGAAUCGAUAUUAUUGGCAGAAAAAUAUUUCUAGUGUUUUCGGGAUUAAUAGGAGCUGCAGCAUGUCUUGCUUUAGUGUUUACAAUACAGAGUGUAACACGAGUAGCCCUUUCAAUGAUUAUAUUAGCAACGUAUGCCAUUUGUGAUACAUCAAUUACGAUAUUAAUACUGGAAAAUUAUUUUACAGGUAUAAGAGGUACAAUUAUUGGACUUUCAAGAGUACUUCCAUACUUGAUCGGCUGUUUAACGAAACUAUUUUUACAUGUACACUGUUUUCACAGUAUCUUUUUCGUGUCGGGGAUGUUGUUAAGUGUGGCCGUUGUUGGAUCACGAAUGCCUGAUCUAACCCGGUUACCGAUGCAGGAAUAGCUUGUUUACGUUUUCUUCCAUAAUCCAGGGCCGACCACAGUAGAGGUGCAAGGGGUGUGAAACCUCCGGCCCUAUACAGCGUCCUUAAAAAGAGGAAAAAGGGGAAAAUGGAAAUGAAAAUAUAUAUUUAAGAAUGCCAAUGUUUGCUUAUUCAUUACUUUUAUGUUUUUGUGAUGUUACGAUUAUUUACUGUUGAGAAAUUGUGUAAAGUUCCAAAAAUUAAUUCUAUUUAGACUCUAUGAUGACCCUGUCAUAAUCUUAAAUGACUUUGGCAAAUAAUAAGUAUCUCUGCACUGAUAUCCUAGUAUAAAUCUAUUGAAACGGAUACCAACUUUUUUAUUUAAACUCUCAAUUCUAUUCUACAUUUUAUUUAAGACAUGUACUGGA